AUGAAGAUGCUCAUAGCAUUACAAGUGAACAUUCCUUUUUGUGAUGCUUUGGAACAAAUGUAUGUUUAUGAUAAAUUCAUGAAGGAACUUUUGAAUGGUAAACAUAAGUUGAAUGAUGAUGAAAAUGUCACUUUAGCAGAGGAAUGUAGUGCCAUUAUUCAACGUAAAGUACCACUUAAGCUAAAAGACUCAGGAAGAUUCACUACUCCCAUCUCUAUAGGUUCAUUAAAAAUUGGCAAGGCACUCUAUGAUCUAGGAGCAGGCAUAAAUUUAAUGUCGUUAUCUAUGAUGAAGAAACUAAAUUAUGGAGAACCGAAGCCUAUAAAAAUGACUUUGACUCUAGCUGAUCGAUCUGUCACUUAUCCCUAUGUAGUUCUAGAAGAUGUAUUACUAAAAGUUGAUGGUUUACUAUUUUUGUCCAAUUUCAUCAUUUUAGAUAUGCCAGAAGAUGCUGAGACACCUUUGUGGUUAGGAAGACCUUUUCAAGCAACGGGUAGAGCAUUAACUAAUGUAGAAAGAGGAGAUUUGAUUCUCUAG